AUGGGAGCCGCAAAGGGGACGAAGAAGUCGCUGGCAAAUGGAGCCGGCGACGAUGUCAAGCUGCGCCAGAGACCCACAGCAGCCAUGGCCAACGGCACGCCCUCAUCUGAAGCAGUCGAGACCUCCGACCUGCUUGCGACACGGCACGCCUCGAUCGCAGAGGCAGACAUCGAGACCAAAGAUGCAAAGCAAGGAGGCGAAGAGGAGGCUUCCGGCUUCAUGGACCUCUCGCCGCGCGACCAGCGUGCCAUGAUCCUCCUCGUCGUGCUUUACCUGCUUCAGGGUGUUCCCGUCGGUCUUGCAUUCGGCACCAUGCCGUUCCUCCUCAAGACCAAGCUCAGCUACGGCGACAUUGGCUUCUUCAUGCUCUGCACGUAUCCGUACUCGCUCAAGCUCUUCUGGAGUCCCAUCGUCGACUCGACGUUUGUCAACGAGCUUCAGCUUCCGUUGAUCGGCAAGCUCUCGCUCGGUCGCCGCAAGAGCUGGAUCGUGCCCAUCCAGACCAUCGUCGGCGUCAUGUUUUGGUACCUCUCGCGCAACGUCGACCAGCUGCUCCUCGCCGACCUGCCCAACGUCAAGCUCAUCACGCUCAUCUUCUUCGUGCUCAUCCUCUUUGCCGCCACGCAGGACAUUGCGGUCGACGGCUGGGCGCUCACGCUGCUCUCGCAGGAGAAUCUCUCGUACGCCAGCACGGCCCAGACUGUUGGUCUCAACUCGGGCUACUUCCUCAGCUUCACCGUCUUCCUUGCGUUCAACUCGGUCGAGUUCAGCAACAAGUACUUCCGAUCGGCGCCGCUCGACUAUCCGCUCUUGUCGCUGUCGGCCUACAUGCGUUUCUGGGCAGUCGGCUUCAUCGUGGUGACCUCAUGGCUGCUCUUCUUCCAGAAAGAAGACGAAGAGGCGGACAAUGCGCCCGACAUGGACGUCAAGAAGGUCUACUCGAUCAUGUGGCGCAUCUGCCAGCUCAAGCACGUCCAGACGUUCAUCCUCAUCCACUUUGUCGCCAAGAUCGGUUUCCAGGCAAACGAGGCAGUCACAGGACUCAAGCUCGUCGAAAAGGGAUUCGGCAAGGAGGACCUCGCGUUGGCGGUGCUCAUCGACUUUCCCUUCCAGCUCAUCUUUGGCUACCUCGCCGCGAGGUGGAGCAAGGGCGACAAGGCGUUGCAGCCUUGGGUGGUGGCAUUCUUCUUCCGCCUCGGAUUCGCCGUGUUGUCCAUGGCGAUCGUCCACGGCAUGCCAUCGGCACCCAUUGGUGCGGGCUACUUCUUCGUGGUCAUCGCUAGCACUGUGGCUGGCAGCUUUGCGUCCACGGUGCAGUUUGUCGGCAUCUCGGCCUUCCACACGCAGAUCGCAGACCCGCUCAUCGGCGGCACAUACAUGACGCUGCUCAAUACCGUGUCCAAUCUCGGCGGCACGUGGCCGCGAUACUUUGUACUCAAGGCGGUGGAUCUAUUCACCGUUUCGAGCUGCCAGCCGCCGUCGAGCGCGUUGCUUCUCAAGGACGCCGAGAUCGCCAAGCUGUGGGCGACGGCGUCCAAGGGCAUCGGUGGAAACGAAUGCACCUCGGACCUGGGCAAGGCGGCAUGCUCAGCGGCGGGAGGAGAGUGCUACAUCGAACGCGACGGAUACUAUUGGACCUCGACGCUGUGCGUCGUCGUCGGCACAGCGCUGCUGGUCACAUUCAUCAUUCCGGCGUGUCGCAAGUUGCAGGCGCUACCGCCCUCGGCCUGGCGCGUCAACUUGCAGUCGCAUCCCAAGUCGCAGUGA